CUGGUGCCUGCCCUGCCCUGGCGGCUCCGCGCGCACUCUCCCACGGCCGGCUCUCCCGGCGCGCUUUCGGGAGGCCUCAUCGGAAAACUCCCCCCCAGAGCCUUGGACUCGUUUCGUAGAGAGUCCCCCGGAGUGAAGCCUCGUCCGCGGGGCGGGGGCGGCAUGGACCUGGCCGUCGGGGAGCGGCUCCGGGCCGCGAGCAGCCGCCGAGAUGUUCAGGCUUUGAAGAGUGCUUAUGAGUUGAUCAAAUCAGCCAGUCAAGGAAAAUCUCCACUUGACUCAUUAGAUAACUUCAGCACUGAUUUAUAUGUUCUAUGUGCUGAACAAGCAUUUGAGCUUGGAUACGUGGAAAUAAGCAGAGACUGCCUACAGAUGUAUUUUGAAGGAAGAUUUCCUGUGAACCAGUUUCUUGGAAGAGCAUAUUUGUGCCAAGGCCAGUUGCACACUCCACUCUCUACAGAUAAUUUGGCCAAAUUUAGCUGCAACUAG